UUUAGUUGUUAGUGUCUGCUCUUCAUCUUCUCACUUGUAGUAACUUGACACAACUGGAGGGCCAUCGUCAUGCGGAACAUUACAUGCCAUACUAUACUCGCUCUUGGGGCACUGAGUCCUCUAUGUCUUGCUCGAACCUGCGAAACCAUCAUUAUUCCUAUCAGUGCGACUGCACAGAACAGAGUGCUUCCGGAGUCUCUCACAAUUUCGUCUUUUACAUCAGAGCUCCUCUCUUCGAUACCCAACAUACCGCCGACUACAGUCUCUGCUCCAGUGAACAUCAGCGCAGUAUACUGCACUCCGUCACCCAAUCCUCGCUCUUCCACUCUACAGAUUCUCGUACAUGGAGUCACCUACACGUCUAGCUACUGGGAUGGUCUUGACACUGGCGAUGGCACCUACUCCUGGACAUCUUACGCCAACACCCAGGGUUACGCGACCCUCGCCAUCGACCGCCCAUGCAACGGAGCGUCCACUCGUCUGCAAAGCAUCGCCGAAUGCCAGAUUCCUCUGAACGCAGAUGUCGUCCACCACCUCGUACAAGCUGCUCGAGGUGGCACUCUCCCUCUGUCUACACCACGCACAUUCAACAGCAUCAUCAUCGUUGGUCACUCCCUCGGCAGCGUCAUUUCAAACUUUCAUGGCCAAAUAUAUCCAAACGAUGCAGACGCGUAUGUCCUCACUGGUUUCUCACCCGUCCUCGUAAAUGGCCUUCCGGCUAUACUGGGCAUUGGCUUGACACCUGCGUCGGCUGGUCUUCAUGUGGGAUAUGUCAAGAUCGGCUUCGAGGCCGGCCAGAGGUUUAUGUUUUAUCAUGGCCAAUACAGCACCUCGCUCCAGCAUGCCGACUUUCUUCGUGGCGGUACAUUGGCCCUAGGUGAGGCGGCGACGGGGUUAUUAGGACAAUUGCCUGUUCCUGCGUACACAGGAGCUGUGUUCGUACUCAAUGGGAACGAAGAUACGGUGUUUUGUCAGCUUCUGCCUGUCGGCAGUUUGCUGGGAAUGAUGGGACAUUGCGAUGCUGGGCCGAGUCAGGGAGUGCAAGCUUUAUAUCCAAACGCAAGGGCUUUCAGUUUGUUCGAUGUUCAGAAUACCGGGCAUUGUUUGAAUAUGCAUCAUACUGCGCAGCAGGGGUAUGAGAAGGUGCAUAAAUUUCUUGAGGCACAGGGGCUGUAGGCUACGGAACCGGACUACGAGUAGUUGCACUAGGAGUCUGGCAUGUACAAUGAUGGCAAAGCUGCGGUGAGACUAUGGCUGUAUAGAAGUAAAAUGAGAAUUGUCUUUCAUGUGCAGGUGUUGUAGCUUCGUGUAGUUGUUAACCACUUGUAUAUCGAUACUCAUGGUAGUUUUGGCGCAUAGUGUACUCUGUCCAGGCUUUGAACUCGAGGCAGUGUUCAAAAAUAUCAAUUAGAUGUUUUGCAG